CCGGUAGUUUUAAACUAUUUUUGGGAUGACAACUGCACGGAAGGUAGCAUGGCAUCGAUUAUACGACCCACCAUUUAUGGACCAGGAUUUAUGGCACAGGGAGUGUUGAUCACAGACCUCUUCGUCAUCACAGUUGCCAGUGGAUUGCCGAGUGCCCAGUUUUUAGAUGUGAAUGUGAGGGGGAUAUCAACUUAUGGAGAAUACAAAGUUAAAUCGGUUGUUAAGCACCCAAAUUAUUCAGAUGAUUACCAGAAUAAUAUUGCUGUACUUAAACUGAUGCACCCCGUGAUCCGCGAAGGCUUUAUGAAACCGGUCUGCAUACCAAAAUUUUUUUCACAUCAGCAAACGGUCGCAUCAUCGUCCUUCUUUCUAGUGGUUGAUAAUUUGGGAAAUGAAUUUAGGGUUCAAAAGGUGUCCCAAGACGUAUGUUUACUAAAAGAAAAUCAGAUUUGUGUAGAAGAUCGCGACGAAAUUAGUAAGCCCCUUGACAAACCUGGCGAUGUAUUGGCAGUCAAGGUAUCUAUUAAUGAUAGACAAUAUGUGGUACUGUUUGGCAUUGUUAGUCAUUUGUCGAAUGGCAAACCCGUUGUGACCAAUAUUAUGAGAUACACCCAGUGGAUAGGAGAACAGUUAAAGUAA